UUCAGUAUCCUAGCUGCAGAUUGAGUUCUUACACACCUGUUUCGACCAUUUGAUUUAAUACACGUACUUCAUAAUGGGGGAUGAACAAAUCUUGCCGUAUCCAUACGAAUUUUAUAAUAUAAGUGAUGAAGAAAAGAGUAUUAACGAGAAAUUGCAUGCUUACCCAUAUGAAUUUUUGCGCGUCGGUCCCAAAGGUUAUCUCGUCUCCAAAAUUUUCAAAACGGAUGCUGCUAAUAUCUACAACCUGCCUUUAAGGUCGAACGACAUAUUUGUCACCAGUUAUCAGCGAUCAGGAACAACAUGGACUCAAGAAUUGGUGUGGUUGCUGGCAAGUGACCUAAAUUAUGAGAAGGCUCUGUCUACUCCACUCAUCGAAAGAUAUUCAUUUCUGGAAAUGUUCAUGAAUGUACCAGACACAGGAAUAGAUGGUUUCAUGAAGGCAUUAAGCCAGAAUAGUGAAAAUUUCAAUAAGGAAGAUAUGCUGAAAAUGAUUAAAUGGCUCGGUUCUCCGAUAACGAGUGACCUAGCUACUAGACCGUCACCUCGCUUUAUAAAGUCCCACCUUCCUAUGUCCCUACUGCCACGAAAUCCUUUAGAUACAGCAAAAAUGGUGUACAUCGCGCGAGAUCCAAGAGACGUGGCCGUAUCAUACUACCAUCACACCAGACUUUUCAUGCAUACUGGUUUUAAAGGAACGUUUAAGGAGUUUUGGCACUUAUUCCAUGGGAAUUUAAUGAAGAUGACUCCAUACUUCGAGCACGUCAAAGAAGCUUGGGAGAAGAGACAUGAUCCGAACAUGCUGUUCCUGUUCUAUGAAGAUUUGUCAAAGGACUUACCUGCUGCUGUACAACGCGUGGCGGACUUCCUCGGUAAAAAGUUGGAUGACAAACAAAAAACAACUCUCUGUGACCACUUGAGUAUAGAAAACUUUAAGAAAAAUAAAGCGGUCAACUGUGACGAACUCAGGGUACUUGGAAUGUUCGCCAAGGAUGAAGAAUUUAUUAGAAAAGGUAAGGCUGGAGGCUGGCCCGACUACUUCGACGAGGAGAUGACACAAGAAGCUGAUAAAUGGAUCGCGGAUAACUUGAACGAUACUGACCUACGCUUCCCUACUGUUAAAUAAAUAUACAUACAUACAUAACCUCACGCCUGUCUCCCAUGGGGGUAGGCAGAGACAAUGGAACGCCAAUUGCCACGGUUCUUACACACUUCUUUCGCUUCAUCAACAGUCAUCAGUCUUUUCAUGCAUGCUCGUCGGUUAAAGGUACUUUUAAUUUGGCCCUUUUUAAUAUAUCGCCAAUCUGGUCGCUAUAUGUCCGUCUGGGGCGCCCUCUACCGACGGUCCCACUCAUAUUUGCCUUGUAUACUUCUUUCGUAAAUCUGUUUUCAUCCAUCCUUUCUACAUGUCCAAACCAUCGUAACAUUUCCUUUUCAAUCCUUGUCACUACAUCGUCUUUCAAAUAAAUAUGUGUAUUAUAAUAUAUGGAUAUUAUACUGGUGAUAAUGAAACUUAAACUUAUAAAGUAAUUUAUAUUUGUGUUUAACUGUAAACUAAUAAUAAUAAGUACUCACUUA